AUCAAAUUUACAUUUGCAUACAAUCUAGCUUUAAGAUCUUAUGCUUUCUCUUCCUUUCUAUCUUGUAAACCAUUUCUCGUUUAUACUUUACAUAGAAAUCCGCGAAGACGACUUAUGUCUUGUAUUUUCAGGAGGAAAUGGAGUUGCCGCCGAUCGACCCCGAGCAGAUGGCCGUUCUGAAGCGCGCCUUCGACAGCUUCGACUCGGACAAGAAGGGCGCCAUCUCGACGGACACGGUGGGCGUGGUGCUGCGCAUGAUGGGCCAGACCGUCAACAGACAGAUCCUCAACCAGAUCAUCGAGGAGGUCGACGUGGACGGAUCCGGCGAGCUGGAGUUCAACGAGUUCUGCCUCCUGGCCACCAAGUUCAUGAACGAGGAGGACGAGGAGGAGCUCAAGAAGGAACUCUACGAAGCCUUCAGAUUAUACGACAAAGAAGGCCAGGGCUUCAUCCCGACGGGCGUCCUGCGCGAGAUCCUGCACGAGCUGGACGACAAGCUCACGGACGAGGAGCUCGACGGCAUCAUCGACGAGAUCGACCAGGACGGCUCCGGCACCGUCGACUUCGAUGAGUUUAUGGACAUGAUGACGGGGUAAGAAGCUCUGGACCAGAUUCGUCAUGCUAAUUUCACGACGGCAUCAUACGUCAUCCAAAUAUCAUGACGUCAUCACGUCAUCCAAAUAUCACUACGUCAUCCAGCUAUCUUGACGUCACCUGAAGAUCUCUGACGCCAUCACUACGUCAUCCCAAAAGUUUUGACGUCAUCGCCACGUCACCCAGCAGCCCGGCCGCAGCGUCCGCCUCGCGAAACACCGGCCGAGGAGUGACCCUUACCAUCUCUCUUAUGUCCCAUGGACUCGACUUCCUCUCAUUGGGAACCAACCGAAGUAUCAAAAAGAAUAAACGAAACCUUGACACAUUCUAGACCUCUGCAUUCACCUUAUUCACGAGAACAUCUGCGCUUGACCUGCCCUGGGCGCGUGCCUCUUCUGCAACGGGAAAGAGACAAGAGAACAGCGGAAUAGCAGCCCAGCAAAAUCGUAACGAGAAAACCUCCCUCCCUCCUUAAGUUCUAGUACAAAGAGUCCAUAAGAUAUACACUGUGAUUAAAUCGUUGACGAAUAUUUUAUAAUUUUAUACACAUCUAACUUUAAGUUGCUAUGGUUCAAUAUAUUCAACUUUAUUUUGCUAGUUAUCUUGAUUGAGGCUUUGAUGCGCGUAGAGCUUUGUUCUGUCCUUUGUUACAGCUGUUCUCCCCCUCCCCCCUUCACCCCCUCCACUCCACUCCCCCCCCCUCCCCCUCCCCC